CCCCCGUUGGUAGUUGGAACUCCGUGGCAGUGAAUGGAGCAGGAUGGCUGCUUUGCCUGUUCCCUGCCCAGUGCGAUUGGGGAUCGUGAAGAAUGGAGGUCUACCUGCUCAGUUGCAUAGGUACACCCUGGAGAAAAAUCUGCACAAGAUGGAGAAGCUGCUCAAGAAAGGUGUGGAUGUGGACUGUGUCAAUCACUUGGGCCAGACACCUCUGUUCUGUGCAUCUCUCCUGGGCCUAGCAAGUGUCACUGAGCUGCUUCUGCAAUUUGGAGCUGACCCCAACCAUCGCUGUGAGGACAGGAGCACCCCUGUCCACGCUGCUGUGUUCGCCUGUAAUCCCUGGCUGCUGAGCGGCCUGCUAGACGCAGGGGGGGACCUAAGGCUCCACGACCACAAAGGCAGGAGCCCUCAAGACUGGGCCGAGGCUGGGGCUCAGGAGCACAGCGCCAGGAUGCUUAAGUUCCUGAAGAGCUGUGUGAACCACAUGCACAGCCUGUCUCAGUCCCCCCAGCCCAGGGAGCUGCGCCGGACCCCCACCUCCACCUCUUCCAAGACUCUGCUGCGCUCCCCCUCUCUACUGGAGCUCCUCAAGUCUGGUGGCUCUGACCUGCACCUUAACAGAAAGAUUACCAAGUCCUCUGCCUGUGACACAGUUCAAUGUUUUGGCUUUGGAAAGUUGUGUAUAGAUAAACCGGGAUAUGCGUUGGGCCUUCUGGCCUCCCUGCCUGUGAUUGGGGACAGUGAGUUGGGGCAGGCGGACGACGAACCCCUCCUCUCCUUCUCCUGUGGCGCCUUCAUUACCAUGACCAAUUACAGCUGGAAGGGCUGCAGGAUCACUGUGAAGGAGCUGCAGUCCAUCUCUCCACAAGGAGGCAGCCAAGAGGCCUACCUUGACCUGAUGCUCAUUGAGCUGGAGUACUGCAACCAGCUGUUCCAUCCAUACCUGCUGCAGCUGAUGGCAGUGAGCAUGUCCAGUGACCUGAUGAGGGUCCGUCUGGUGUUUGAGCGGGUCCACGUGGGCUCUCUGCACAACUUGCUGCACCAAAGGCGUGCUGAGUUUCCAGUACUGCGUGCUGAGACCAUGCUGUUGGUGGUGCUGCAGGUGUGUGAGGCUCUGCUCUACCUGCACGGUCGGGCCCUGGUGUUGCGAGCGCUUUCCUCCCACAGCAUCCUCCUCACACACCCUGGCGUGGCCAAACUCUCCGGCCUCGGCUUCAUGGUGCCCAGUGACAAUAGUCACCGAAGACCCUCGGCUCACCUGUCCCUGCCCCCAGGCCUGUACAACUGGGCCGCCCCUGAGGUGAUCAGACGGAGACCCUGCACAGGGAAGGCUGACCUCUACAGCCUGUGUGCCAUCAUCCAGGAGCUCUAUACAGACACAGUGCCGUGGGGCCCGGUGGACCCUUGUUGGAUCAGGCAGACUGUAGAGUCGGGCCAGGCCCUGGCUACAGAUUCCAGUGUGCCCCAGCCUUACUAUGCCCUGGUCAGGGUGGGCCUGCAGCCCCGCCCCGAGGACCGCACACACAGCCUGCAGGACUUGCGCUAUACACUGCGCCAAGACAUGAAGGAGCUGUCCCAAGUAGGGGGAAGGAGGAGGAGUGGGCUGUACACAGACAUAGGAGGAGGGCUCAGGCCUGCAGGCUGGAGUCCAGAGUCCGCCCCAGUCAAGGAGCCUGCAGACCUCAGGCCUACCGCCUACACUGACCCACAGGAAGGUUCUUUAGGCAGUUCCAUGGACACUAAAGUGGACAGGGAGAUCCAGGACCAGCUCAACGAACUGGACAAACUGCUGGACAGAGAGAACGAGACGGAGAGGGGAGAAGGAGGAAUGACAACAGACUCUGAACAGCCCAUAUUCCACCGUGACAUCUCUUUUAGGGACAUCCUGCCCCUGGAUGACUGGCGCCUGUGCUCUGUUGUGCCAUCGGAACCCUACAACACCCAAGAAGAAGAGUCUGACUCCAGCACUGUAACAGAGGAGGAAGAAGAGGAGUGGACAAUUAUGAAGGAGAGGGCUGUUCAGCCAGAGCGCCCAGUGUCCGGAAAGCUCUCGGAGCACAUCAGCUCCAUCGUCCUCAACCUCAAGGUCUCCCAGGUACUGUUGCAGCAGUCCGAGUGCAACCUGGCCACCGUGGAAACAGGCCGUUCUCGACGGCAACAGGAGCGGGGGGCGGUCGACGAGGUGGACGGAGGGGCAGAGGGAAAAGAUCUUCAGACCCCCCACAUCUCCUCCUCAGCCUCCACGUCCCUCUCCUCCACUCUCUCUGGGUCGGUGUGUAGUUACAUGUCCCGCGCAGUGGGGCCUCCUUCACAGUACCGCCUCCUACCACAUGGUGUCCACCCCUCUGCCAAGAGACUGGAGGCCCAGCUACUGAAGGGAGGAGAGUCCAUGCCACUCAGCGCUGAGGAGCUGGCCGCGUGGCAGAGGGAGUAUCCUGCAGAGGAAUACCCUAAUCUGGAGUGCACUACUCUGGAGUGCCCUUCGGAGGAGUACCCUACUUUGGAGUGCACUACUUCGGAGGGAACCGGCAGCGAGGGCGAGGAGAUGAGCCACUAUAGCUCGGCUCCGGAGGACAGCUUUGUCAACAUAUGCCCCAGAAGGCAGCAGCAGGCAGGUAGAGAUGGAGGCUCCAGAGGGACAGUGAGAGGAGGUCCGCAGGCAGAGACAAAGCAGCAGUCAGUGGACAGACAGGAACUCACUGACAGGCUCUGUCUGUCUUCUGAGGGGACAGAAUCUCUUGAGGACAGUCCCAGACAGCCUGAGCUCCAAGCCAAAACCAAAUGGACCAGUGAGGUGUCAGAGUUGGUGGCCAGGAUGACCCGGGGGCGUCUGGGGGUGGCUGUGGGCCCCCCUGCCAGCAGUGACAGUGAGGAGAUGGAGGACAGACAGGGGUUUGGGCGAGUGUUGGAACCGCCCAGACCCAGACAGGACCCCCUGGGGCGCAGUGACAACGGCUACAGGUCCUCUCCGGACCCUGCCUCAAAGCCACAGAAAGCUGCAGCUGAGGCCCUCGAAAGCAGCUCUGAGCUGGAGCAGAUCUUCAAAAGCUUUGCAGGUGUCCAGAGUGAGAGUGAAGAGGAUGCAGAUUUCCACACAGUGAACCGCUCCUUCAAUAUGACAUGUGGGGUGUGGGAGGGCUCAGGACAAAGGGAGGAGGAGGGGACCUCUGAGUCAGACUACACCCAGUCUCCUGUGGAGCCUUCCAGCAUGUUCUACACCCCCAAUCCAGAGCAGAGGAACAACCCAUCCAGAGACAGCCAGAGCCCUGUCAGCUCAGAGGAGGGCCUGGACGUGACAGUGGAGGUGUGUAGGGCUGCUGACAGUAGGACUGUACUAGAGGAGCAGAAGCUGGAGACCAAACACGGGAUAAAGAGUAGAUUGAGGUGUGAUCUAGUCAAGAACCAACAGUUCUUCCUUUGGGAGUAUGUCCACAUAUCUGUGUGCCACACAGAGUAUUUCUGCAGAUCAUGUAUGUAUGUAUGUAUGUAUAGUGGUCUACCUGACCUGGCUGAUGUCUCCAGCAUCACGUGCUCACCCGCCCAGCACCAUGAGUGGUUGGGCCAGGAGAGACUGCAACCCAGCCCCCUGAACAGACGGCCUCCGCCCUGCUACAGCACCCCACGCAGCCCAGGUACCAACCAACGCCACCCAGCUACCAGAGUAGCCAUGGGGGUCACUGGGGAGCCCAUCCCCCCCCUGCCCAGCCUGCUGGACACCUCCACCUGGGGCAGCACCCACUCCCUGCCCCCCCACACCGAGAGCUUCGCCAUUGCCAGCCUGGGAGCCAGCACGACAGACCUCUCCAGACAGACCUCACCCCUGAUGAGAGACUCCUCCCUCGAGGAGACUGGGACGCACGUGGGCGUGUCAGAGUUCACCACAGCCAGCUCCGGAGAGAGACGGACCACAGGGAACAGCCAGGAGGGCGUGGGCUCUACCUACACUGUACCCAUCACCAGCCAAGAAAGGGAGGAGGUGGAGGAGAGAGAGAGUUUAGAGGAGAAGAACAUGGAGUAUCUCAAAGGGGAGAGAGGGAUGUCGCUGGCUGCUGACAGGAAAGAAGAGUUGGAAGGGUCCGAUCAGGGUAGCUGUGCUGGUGUGGAUGUUGACCUGAUGGAUGAAGAUCCUCUGGAUGCUAGCUCCUCUGUUUUAGAGGGAGAAGAUGAACUUGUGUCAGAUGAGGAAGAGUUGCCUGGCGAAGAGGAGACAGACCAUGAGGAUGAAGACGUGAUUAAUGAUCAAGUGCUAACUGACGAAGAGGGUUCUGUGGCCAGUACACAGCAGGCAGAGACAUCAGGAGCUCACCAUGGCAGCACACACAGUGAAGAUUACCUUUCAGGCUGUGGUCCAGACACUGAGGAAGCUGCAGCAUCUGUACAGCAGAGCCAGGCCAAAGGCCUGUCUGGAGGCCCAGACUCACUGGAGGAAACUGACAGAGCUCACUCUACUCUGGAUGAGGUGCUGCAGGGCAUGUUGGUGGAAAGGGCCCCUGGUCAAAGGAUUCUGAAAAGUCCUGGUCUGGUUGCACACCCUAAACAGCAACUGGGUGUGUGUGAGCCCCAGGUGGAGGGCGAGUUGAGUGAGGAUGCAGGUUGUCCAGGAGGGGACUGUGCCGAAGUGGCAGAACGAAAGGGGGUCGACACCAAUGACUGGACAGAACCAGCACCUGUCACAGAAAAGCUAGAAAUGGCUAGUCAUGAGACCUGGAGUCAGCCUCACAGGGUUAUUGUCCUGGAGCAGACUCCCAUCAAAAGCCAAAGUGACCCCAACCAAGUGAGAUUGAGAAAGAACAUGUAGGACAACAUGUAACUUAACAUCAGUCUUUCUCUACACUACCAUUCACUCACCCAUUUGAAAAUGUAUCCUUUUGGUUGUGAAAACCACCCUUUAAGCAUGACAAUGUUUUCUUUGGUGCUGGACUUUAGAUAACUUAUGCAUUCUCUUGUUCUAAAAACAUUUCCUUUGGAUAGUUGAGGUCAUACAUGUUGUUUGUAUUCAGUGCUCUACAUGAAGCUUUAGUUACAUGAAAUUGUUAUCAUUACUGUUAAUACAUUAUCCAUAGAUCAGAUUUGACCAAUAUUAAAGAAACAGACCAUAAGUAAAUUUAAA